AAGAUCACAGAGUAACCUCUGCGAUUUGGGACCUAACCUGUGAGUCAUGGUGAUACUAACCUGCGAAAGGAGGCCCCAAAGUGUAAUUAUUCUCUUUUCUUGGGCAAAAUAUGUUCAGCUGCAACUUAAGUAGAACUUGGACCCAGUUGGUGAGAUCGAUAAUAAAACCCACGGCAGUAGCUUGUCGCUAUUCAACCGGUAUCAAGGACGAUCCGAUUUCCGGACAAGAAGAACAGGAAACCGAGAUUAUAAUUGAUGUAUACAAAGAAAGACUGAAGAAAUAUGCCCAACUGCUGGAAGAACAGGAGGAAGAGUCCAAUAAAUUUGGAGAUUUGAACCUCAGUCGGGGCGUAGAUGGGGUGUUCGACAUAGAAGACUUAGUGGAGACGUUAAAGCAUCAGCAGGCCGAAGAUAUAUUCGUGGCCAGUGUGCCAAAGGAAAUCGGUUACGUCGACUACAUAGUGGUGGCAUCAAGCAAGUCGCAAAGGCAUAUGAAUGCCCUCACGCAAUUUGUUAAGCAAAUAUACAAGCAAAAGAAGCUUCAAACUGACAUCAUGCCCACGUUGGAAGGAAAAAACUCGUCCGACUGGAUGGCCAUGGACAUGGACAAUAUCGCGUUACACAUUUUCUCGAAAUCAGCCAGAGCCCAAUACGAUCUGGACACUCUGUGGGCAGUUGGCUCCAAGUAUGACGACCAGAGCCACAAAAAGGACCUGCUUUCUAGCAUGUUGGAAAGUCACGCCUUCUCACUGAAAGGCUUUGUACCUGCCAAAUGACUACUUGCUCGAUAGUAUGAAUAAUAAAUUGUUUUUGCUUUAA